GAACACAAACAUAGUCGCGGGAUUGAACCCUUGGGAGAACGCUACUAGCAAGCUAUUAUAGGGAAUUUCUCACGAGCAUGCACCCAUACCAAAAUGGGUGUUACAGUUAGCCAUGAUUACAUGUCAAAUGCAUAUGAAAAAAAAAACAAGCUGAACUUGCCAUGACGGACGGCAUUGCACCCUUCGGUUGGGUGUUGGAGCCGCAUGUGCAAAUGCUGCCUCCUUCCAACUCGGCGAAUUCUCAAAGAGGCAGCGGUUACCUCCUCGCUCGGGUUAUCUGUCCGCUCCGCAGGCGCCAAAGUGGCUUUCUCAGCGGUGCGCGGGACUAAUCAUGAGCCGUCCGAGAUGAGCAACACGUCCUUGACCAUCUAUUUUGACCAGGUAUUGGUGAACAUCGGAAACCAUUUCGAUCUAAAAGCGAGUGUGUUCCAGGCGCCACGGAGAGGGAUCUACAGCUUCAGCUUUCACGUGGUAAAAGUGUAUAACAGACAAACCAUACAGAUCAACCUGAUGCAGAACGACUAUGCGGUUAUUUCAGCCUUUGCCGGCGACCAGGAUGUUACGCGGGAGGCGGCCAGCAAUGGAGUUCUGCUGAUGGUGGAGCAUGAGGACCGGGUCUAUCUGAAGCUGGAACGGGGUACGCUCAUGGGCGGAUGGAAAUACUCCACUUUCUCUGGCUUUUUAGUCUUCCCGUUAUAACAUACGAUUUGUUUGUUGUCACCCGAAAGAACAAUCAUGACAUUUAUUUGAACAGCACUGUCAGACAGGGAAAUCUGUAAGCUUCCUACACCCCUUUGUGUGUGUAAACGUGAGUGUGCGCACCUCUGCACCUGAGAGUAAAGGAACGUUUACUUGGAAUUCAAAUCCAAACCCACUGACCAACGAUGGAUCAUCGACCUGAAAUGGGCACCAUGUCAACAAGACUUAGAUUGUAAAGGAAACGUUUUUCAAUAGCUGACAGUCUUUUAUUACACAUACUACUUGUAGGCUGGGUAGGGUGUUCGGCAUGCUUGUAUCAUCCAGUGCUCAAAACAGACAUUUGUCAGAGUUGCUCUGUAUCCUGAGAUUUGUGUCCAAUUUAAAACAAUAAAGAAAAGAU